AUGAGCUCGACGACUAUUGGUACCGACGUGGAAGCGACAGAUUUGGCCGCAUUAGCUUUCAAUGCGGCUACGAUCGACGGCAAUUAUUCGAUAGGAUACGAAUGUCGGCUAUUAGCGAUGGAGUUGGAGUUGACCGCCGAUGUCGAUGACCAAUUGGUCUCUAGAGAGACCGCCGUUCGAUCGACCGACCAAACGAGCAAACGAUCGUUUUGUGUGUUCGAGAGACGAACGGCGCUUGUUUCGGUAUUGAAACUGUUCGAGCUGGUUUCGAUUUUUGCAUUGAACAACAAGCUCAGAUACUCGUCGCUGAGUUCAUGA